AAUGAUUCAUUACUUAUCUAAAAUCGACAACUUUGGAGCUGAAUUUAAACAAAGAAUUGUACAUUCAGAAUAAGAACAUAAAUCUAUUAUUGGAGGCAUAUUUACACUUUCAGUCUAUAGUGUAUGUAUGGCUUAUUUUAUUUUUGUUUUGUAAUAAUGGGCAUCUGGACAGAUAUUACCCAAAAUCCUUAUUGAAACUGCAGUUGCAGCUUUUGAAAAAUUUGAAAUGCCAGAAGAAUUAAUAGAAUUAUCUUUUGUUCGUUAUGAUGAUUCAAUCAUUGAUCCUUUUGCUACACAAGGAAAUAUAUUGAUGCCUAUUGCAGUCAUAUUAGAAAAUAAUAAACCAAUAUCCUAUUAAUCUAUAUUGACUAAUACUGAAAUAUCAAAUUAUGGAACAAAUCGGAUAGAAAUGGAGAGAAUGGAAAUUGUUAAAAAUGCUCGUAAUGAUAAAACACAGGAAAAUUGUAGAUAUUACUAUUUAUUAAUAACUACUUGUUAAUAGUAAUACUUAAAAGAGAAUCAAACUUGUGCUUCAAAUGAAGAAAUAUAAAGUUAUAUGAAAAGUACAUUAGUUCCUAUAGAAGUUGAAGUUAAAUUAUAAUAAUUUAAUACAAGAAAUAAAGAUCUAUAUGAAGUGGAAAAAUUAUUACAAUUUAGUCUACAAUAAAAUUUAACUCUCAAAGCAGAGUUGUUAUUUCAAAAAACAAAUACAGUAAUAGAUGAUCAUUUGAUAUUUUAAAAUUCUCAUUCAUUCACUUAUUUUUCUGAUUUUAGUGUUUUGACCUAAACUAUUACAAAAAAUAAAAAUGUAUAAAUAAUAAAAGAUGAAGUGUUAUUUGAGAUAGCUUUUAAAGUUGAUCCUAUUGAAGUAAAAUAAUCAGUUACUUAUGUUAAAAUAGGAGAAAUGUUGGCUGAAGUUGGAUCUAUAGCAAGUCUAUUAUUAGCAGCUUCUUGGUUUAUUCAAUAAUUUAAUAGAGAAGAAAUGGAAAAUACAAUUAUUGAUGAAAUAAUUAGUGUUUAUUAUCCAUAAUUUCGAAAUCUAAGAAAAGUCAAAAAUUGUAUGGGUAAAACAAUUGAAAUUAAGCAUGAAAAAGAAUUGAUUAAUUAAGAAGAAUUUCAAAAAUGGUAUGAAAAAGUUCGAAAAAGUGUGUUACUAAAACUUUCAGUUGUCAAUUAAUUGCAUGAAAUAUCACGAUUGUAUUUUAUACUACGUUCAUAAACAACAUAUUAAUAAAUGUUGAAAUAUUAAAAUUAUGGUAUCCAAUUACCAUCUAAAAUAUUUGAAAAACAUAGUGAUGAGAUUAAUAAUGAAUUACCUUCUAAGGAAAUGAAAAUAGAGGAUUAUGAUCUUGAAUCAUCAAAUAUGAUAACUAGUGGUUUAUGUGAUGAAGAUUUGAAUAUACUCAGUUAUAAGAAAAUAAGUAUUCAUCAAUCUUGA